UUCAGUUCAGAUUUUGACGUCACUGACGCUGCUUGACGGCACAAAGUGAAACUUGCUGAUAUCAUUUUAGUGUAUAAAACACCGCGGUCUCUCCGUGUUGUCAGCUAUUCUGUGAGACAUUACUAGCCACUUUCAGCUCCACGAUGUCUGGCCACGGUCACGGACACGGCCACGGCCGAGGCUGCGGCUGUGCGGGGGAACACGAGCCUCCGGAGCGCGGCCUGGAGGACGAUCUGUACGGACGGAUCGACGUGGAGAAGAUGCAGUGUCUGAACGAGAGCAGAGACGGAGACGGAAAACUGGUUUUUAAGCCGUGGGAUCAGCGCAGCGACAGGGAAAAGUUUGUUGAAAGUGACACAGAUGAGGAGCUGCUGUUCAACAUCCCUUUUACCGGCAGCAUCAAGCUGAAGGCCAUCAUUAUCUCUGGAGAAGACGACGAGACCCACCCAGCAGAGAUACGACUGUACAAGAACAUCCCUCAGAUGUCCUUCGACGACACGGGCAGAGAACCUGAACAGGCCUUCAGACUGAACCGAGACCCUCGGGCUGAACUGGAUUAUCCCACAAAGAUUGCACGUUUCUCCAGUGUUCAUCAUCUCUCCAUCCACAUCUCCAAAAACUUUGGAGCCGAGAGCACCAGGGUCUACUACAUCGGCCUGAGGGGCGAGUACACCAAGGCUCACAGACAUGAAGUAACGAUUUGCAAUUAUGAGUCGGCAGCCAACCCUGCAGAUCACAAGGUGGAGAGCAUCAUCCCGCAGACCAACUUCAUUUCCUGAAAGCUUUGGAUAUUACUGAGGGAAGGAAGGGGACGGAGGAGAUGGUGAGGGAGGAGGAAGAGGAGGAGGAGAUGUUCCACUGGCUUCUGCAGACUUUGACUAAUACCAGACAAAUGGUCAAGAGACGAAACCUCAACACUGGACACUGGAUGGUUGUCGGAGCUCGACCGGAACCGACCGAGGACCGGGACUGGUUGUCUGUCAGGACGACCUGAGAUGUUGCUUUGUUUUCUAUGGCAAUAAAGAUGAGAAUUGUAAAAAGACGGCAAUAAAAACCCUGAAAACUUU